CUUGAAGCUUAGAAGGGAGAAUGUUGGAUAAGCUUCAACAUUACUUGUCCAUUAAGUUAUUCAUUAAGUUAAGUGGGAUAACUUGUGUUUGUUUAGAUUAGGAUAAAGAUAAGAUUCCUAUGUCUAAGAGGUUUAGGUAUAAGUUAAGUUCCUAGACUAAGUUGUAAUAGGUGAAGUUAAUACCUAUAUAUAGAGAUCAAAGUGUAAGAGAGAUCUCAUCAAGUUAAGAAAAAUAAUAAAACAAAGGUACUGUUUUAUUAAAACCAUUGCAUACAUACGAUCUUGUGUCCUUUUAAUAAUCACCCCACUAGCAUGAUCAUCGUUAAUCAUCAAAGUGUUACAUAUGUAGAUGAAUUGAGCAAAAAAUAUAUGGAUGCGAUGGUUAACGUACGCAUGUUGACGAGAUUCGGGUGCGAUGUCCAGCAUGAGGUUGACGUGCACACAAUGAGCUUCGACCACUGUCUGAGCCUGAGGCGCUAUGACCGCAUUGUAUUCAACUUCCCUCACGCAGGGUCUCGUUUCUUCGGACGUGAAUUUUCCUCUAACGCCAUCGAGGGCCAUCGAGUGCUAGUUCAGGGGUUCCUUGAGAACGCUAAGGAGAUGUUAGAAGAGAACGGGGAGAUUCAUAUCACACACAAGACAACGUAUCCGUUCUCCGAUUGGGAGAUAAAGAGUCUAGCUAAAGCAGAAGGUUUAAAGCUGGUUAAGGAGUCAAAGUUCGAGCUUAGUCAUUAUCCUGGUUAUACCAACAAGAGAGGUAGUGGGGGACGUCGGAGUGAUGAUUACUUUCCCGUUGGAGAAUGUUCUACUCUCAUGUUUAUCCAAAAGAGAAAACAUUGAUCCAACUCCAACCCCAUCUCCAAAUUUAAGCCAAAAAAAACUCCA